AUGACUCACAGGCACGGGUGCUCAGGUUCCCAUAGGUGAGGGACUGACUCCCCUCUCCGGAAAAACGCAGUGCGCUUUCCUCCUGGAGUGGCCUUGGCGGGGUGCUGGAACGCUCCGUCUGCCCGGUCUGGUCUCUGGGGCCAGGGCUGGGUUUCCCUCAUGUAUGGCAAGAGCCCUACGCGUGCUGUGCUUUUUCUCCUCGGCAUACAGCUCACAGCUCUUUGGCCAAUAGCAGCUGUGGAAAUUUACACUCCCCGUGUGCUGGAGGCUGUCAAUGGGACCGAUGUUCGGUUAAAAUGCACUUUCUCCAGCUUUGCCCCUGUGGGUGAUGCUCUAACAGUGACCUGGAAUUUCCGUCCUCGAGAUGGGGGCCCUGAGCAGUUUGUUUUCUACUACCAUGUGGAUCCUUUCAGACCCAUGAGUGGGCGUUUCAAGGACCGGGUGGUCUGGGAUGGGAACCCUGAGCGGUACGAUGUCUCCAUCCUCCUCUGGAAGCUACAGUUUGAUGACAAUGGGACAUACACCUGCCAGGUGAAGAACCCACCUGAUGUUGAUGGGCUGAUAGGGGAGAUCCAGCUCAGCGUUGUGCAAACUGUACGCUUCUCUGAGAUCCACUUCCUGGCCCUGGCCAUUGGCUCCGCCUGUGCACUGAUGGUCAUAAUAGUAAUUGUGGUGGUCCUCUUCCAGCAUUUCCGGAAAAAGCGACGGGCUGAAAGAGCUCAUAAAGUGGUGGAGAUAAAAUCAAAAGAAGAAGAAAAGCUCAACCAAGAAAAAAAGGUUUCUGUUUAUUUAGAAGACACAGACUAACAUUAUUAUAUGGAAGCUGAAGAUUUCCAAGAACAAGAACCCUGAGAUAAGUUGGUGUUAAUGGAAGCUUUUCUUUGGCUUUUCCAGUUGUGACCUGUCUUCCAACCAGCUCUGCAGUAUAUAACCACCUAGACAAGCAACGUUCCUCUGG